ACACUGAAAUCCACGCUGUUCUGCCACACACACAUUCGAUAUCCGUCGUUUCCUUUUACGUUUGCUUUACGUUCGUGUGGUGGUCUCAGUGUUUGUAUGGUGUGGAUUUUGUUUUCAUUUAGUUUUUGUCUUCGUAUCUGAUUUGUGAUUAUCACGAUGAGUUCUUUAGGAUUGCAAAAACGUUUGGCUGCUGCCGUUCUCAAAUGCGGCCGAAAUAAAGUUUGGCUUGAUCCAAACGAAAACAGUGAAAUCUCCAAUGCUAAUUCCCGACAAAACAUCCGUAAAUUGAUCAAAGAUGGUUUAAUCAUUCGAAAACCAGUAGCAGUACAUUCACGUGCCCGUGUUCGACGUAAUGCUGAAGCUCGUCGUAAAGGCCGACAUACUGGCACUGGUAAGCGCAAAGGUACUGCUAAUGCUCGAAUGCCGGUCAAAGUUUUAUGGAUUCGUCGGAUGCGUGUGCUUCGUCGAUUAUUGAAAAAAUAUCGGGAAAACAAAAAAAUCGAUCGCCAUCUCUAUCAUGAAUUGUACAUGAAAUCCAAGGGUAAUGUUUUCAAAAAUAAACGUGUACUCAUGGAAUACAUUCACAAAAAGAAGGUUGAGAAAUUGCGCCAGAAACAAUUGAAUGAAAUGGCUGAACUUCGUCGACAAAAAGGCAGAGAACGUCAAAAGCGUCGGGAAGAACGACAAAAGACGAAAUUGCAAGAGGCUAGAGAUUUGUAUCAGAAAGAAGAUGGUGGUGAUAAAUAAAUUGGACGACCUUUUUUUGUAUUUUUAUGGACAAUUUCUAAAAAAUUUCAAAAUUUAAUAUAACCAUCAAAUUUGAAAAAAUGAAUAAAAAAAACAAUUUGCGAUCAUAA